CUCUAAUUGAUUUAUUAUUUUUUGGUUGGUAUAAAUUCAGCCAAAAUUUUAUAGUUUUUGUUGAUUAGUUAUCCAUCACAAAGAUAUAAUAAUAAUAUGGGACAAACACAAUCACAAUCACAACCAUAUCCAAUAAUGCCUACUGGUCAUUAUCAAUCACCACAAACUGAUGGUCAGACACCAAUGAAUUCAUAUACACCACUCAAACAAUAUGCUCCUUUUGAAACAUAUGCAGAUCCGAGUGUGCCACCAGGAUUAGAAAUUUUAUUAACAUUAAAUCAAUUGAUUAUUGAACAACAGGUUGAAAUGUUUGAAGUACUUGCUGGUUUUGAAACGAACAAUAGUUAUAUUGUUAAAAAUAUAGAUGGACAACAAUUGUAUUAUGCAACUGAAGAGAAUGAUUGUUGUACUCGAAAUUGUUUUAGUAAAUAUCGACCAUUCGUAAUGCGUUUAUAUGAUUCUCGACGAAAUGAAAUUAUACGUUUAGAUCGUCCUUGGCGUUGCAAUAGUUGCCUGUUUCCAUGUUGUUUACAGAAAUUAGAUGUUUAUAGUGGGGAAUACAAAUUGGGAUCGGUUCGUCAAGAAUGGACAGUUUGUUGUCCGGCCUUUAGCAUUUUGAAUGCAACUGGCAAAAAAGUAUUACGCAUAAAAGGACCAUUUUUAACAUUUUCAUGCUGUUGUGGUAAUGUCAAAUUCAAUGUUGUAUCGAAUGAUGGCACAACACAAGUUGGUAAAAUUAGUAAACAGUGGAGUGGAUUAGUAAGAGAAAUGUUUACCGAUGCCGAUCACUUUGGUGUCAAGUUUCCACGAGAUCUAGAUGUUUCGAUCAAAGCUGUAUUGUUAGGUGCAACAUUUUUGAUUGAUUUCAUGUUUUUCGAGAAAGUUCACAAUGACAAAGAAGAUUCAUUGGGAACAUAUUAAUUUUUGUUAUCUGUCUGAAUCUAACCAAAUAAAUGUUUAAUCUUG